GACGUAACGAGCCUCUGAAGAAAGACCGUCCCAAGUGGAAGAGCGACUACCCGAUGACGGAGGGCCAGCUGCGGAGCAAGAGGGACGAGUUCUGGGACACGGCGCCCGCCUUCGAGGGCCGAAAGGAGAUCUGGGACGCUCUGAAAGCUGCUACUGUGGCGCUGGAGUGCAACGACCACGACCUGGCCCAGGCUAUAGUGGACGGAGCCAGCAUCACUCUGCCACACGGUGAGCAGAGCCGCGAA